CGAAGCAAGAAAUAUAAACUGAAAACGAUGCUGCCUAUUUUAGUAAUUUUACUUUCAUCUGCCUUAGUAGCAGGGGAGAUAUGUACGUCCCCGCAAGUAACUUCUGUGGUUCAUUCCACUUCUGAUUCGCAACUUUCGUCAGGGACAGCGAUCGUCGUCGAGUUCGAGCUCGCCUGCUCCAACAAGGCCCAAGAUGUCAAUCUGCAUGCCGAAUUUCAUGGUAAAACAUUCCCUGUAACCAAAAUUUCAGAAAAUAAAUACCAGGUCAGUUACAGUGAAGAGCAUAAAAAAAUACCCAAAGGAUCGUAUAUGCUUCGCCUAUUUGAUGAUGAAGCAUAUUCUGAGUUACGUAAAGUUCAAAGAAGUGGUGAAGAUUCAUCUGCUGUGAAAACAUCGUUCACCAUCGAUGUUCACCACCAGGGCACAUCCAGAGGACCGUGGAUUCAGACGGAACACAUAGCAACAGCAGGGGUUGUUCUUGUAUUCUAUUUAGCUUACUCGAUGAGGAACAGUCUUCAAAGUUAACUACCCUUGAAAUCAUAAACACUUUGUGAUGUUCCAAUAAGUGUGUAUAUAA